UAAGCAGACAGCCAGACAACCACACACAAGUGUCAAGUACACGUUCACCAGUCACCACAUAUUCUCCAAGUUGAGUUUAGAUUUAAAGCCUGAAGUAAAAAAAAAAAUCAUCAUGUCUGAAGAAUGUAGUGUAUUAGACGAUGCUGCAGAGGCUCCAGGUGUAUCUGUUAAACCCCAGUAUUAUGUUACUGAAUCGGGUUUGCCUGUUGGUCCGAAACCAGAUAUGGAAUACCCAUUGACAGUUCUAUACUGUGGCAACUGUGGACUGCCAACUGAGUAUUGCGAAUUUUAUGCAGAACAUGAGAAGUGCAAGUUGUGGUUUGAGAAAAACUUACCUUCCGAGUUUGCCAAGCAAGCAAGAAUUGGUGAGAAUGAAGGAGAAGAAUUGAAAGAAACUGAUGAUGAUAAGAAAAGACAGAAACGAGGAGGUAAAGGGCUAUCGAAACCUAAAAAGAAAGAAGGUGGACCAAAAAAAAUCAGUUUGAGUGUUGCUCCUCGUGGGAGAAAGCGCCUCACAUGUGUUGUUGGUUUGAAAUCAUAUGAUAUUGAUUUGAAGACAGCAGCAAAAUUCUUUGGUACAAAGUUUGCGUGUGGAGCGUCGGUUACAGGAGAUGACGAGAUUGUCAUUCAAGGUGAUGUUAAAGAUGAUCUAUUUGACCUUCUUCCAGAAAAAUGGUCUCAGAUAGAUGAAGAUUCUAUUGAUGAUCUUGGAGAAGUUAAACGGUAAAUGUGAUUCAUUCAUUUGCAAUGACAUUUUGGGAAAUAUACAAGUUGGUUCACUUUA